GCGAUUUAGGGUUGGGCAGCGCUAGCGAACGUUUUCAGAAGAAUUAUUGAAGAUGAGAUUAGUGGCAGAAAUUCUCAAAUGCGCACACUCCAAUAGGUUUUAAUCUUAUUAACUAGCGAUCCUAUUGUUCUGAAAACCAGAUUCUGAUUCCUAUUCCAAUUUGGUUUUUGCGACAACCAAUUUCACGCUUCCCAUCAGUAAUGUGCAUCGAUUCACCACUUGGUUUCGCUUGAUUCUUCUGUUUUUUCACGGUUACCGAAAAUGUUGAUCUUCAGUCCUGUGACGCCCGGCCAGUUAUCGGCAAUUCUCGGAUUCGUGCCUAUCGUCGCCCCUUGGAUCUAUGCAGAGUAUUUGGAGCACAAGAAGAACUCUCUUCUGGCAGUUUCGGCGCAUUUUAGGAAACGGUGAAUUGAGGGACCAACUGGUUCUUCAAUUGUGUCAACUUCAAGCACUAGCACUGCUGAAAGCACCCCAUCCACUCCCAAUGUAGGUGAGGAACUGAGAGUUGCUUCUUAGCUUUGGAACUUCUCCUAUAAUGAGCUCAAGUCACCGGGGAUUGGUUGUGUGACUUGUGUCUUCAAAGGUUGGAUCAAUGAGAGUGGAACUGCUCCAGUGAAACCUGGCACAGGGUUGUCUGUUUCUGUCAAAACCCUCAACCAUGAUGGACUACAGGGUCAUAAAGAAAGGCUUGUAAGAGGUGUCUUCAUUUUGCCAGUAACAUGACCUUUUAGGAAGCAGUUUCAUUAGUUGUUUUCAUUUGUUUUGCUCUGGACUUGGUUUUCUUGUUAAUGACUAUGUUUAUAGUUU